GAUAAAAAAAAAACAAAAGUGUCAUCAAACAAUUAAAAGGUUUUUGCUGCAGCUCACAUUUUUUAAUUUAUUUCAUUCCACUAAACCAGCGAAUUUUACUUAAAUAAAGUGAAGAUACUUUGUCCAUGUAAAAGAGUAUGUUCCUUACUAGUGAAAUGCGUUUAAAUUCCUCUCCUUGAUAGCUCCUAUUACGUGAAUUUACAACGUGUGAUGUGUGAUGUCGGCAAUUGUCUGCUCUCUAAUUAACAAAUUUAAUUAAGCGAUAAUUAAAGUAUUGGUGUGAGGCACAGAAAAAGCAUAGUGAAGCAAGCGAUCGAAACUAAAGUUGCGUCAACUUAUCAAAAGCGAAAAUAAAAAUUGAUUUCAACGCUCAGAAAAUGAUGGACGAACAGUUAAUUGACGAAGUUGGGCAGCAUGGAGUUAUAUAUAAUCGUCAAAAGUAUUACCUUAACGGUAGUAAUGGACCAGGUGGAGGAGGGGGGAAGUAUGAAACAAAAGAUGAGGCAUGGCAAACUAUUGCAAUGAAAUUGCGUACAGAUGUUGAGACUUGCAAGAAACGGUGGAAAUACUUGCGGGAACGUUAUGUAUCACAACGCAAGCAAGGCGACCCGCCGGUAUAUGAACAUCUUUCUCGUCCCUAUCUUGAGAAGAUGAAAUUCCUUGAUCAGCAUAUACAGCCCCGGAAAUCAUACCGAAAUGUGCCAAGUUUUCUCACAUCCCCCCACUCGGUGAACAGUUCCAACUACAGUGAAUUCAAUAUGGACUCAAAGUCAAAUGGGUCUAUGAAGAACAUGGGUCAUUUCGGCAGCUCGGCUGUCUCACAACAUCAUUACCACCAACCAGAUCAUCAGCACCCUAUUUCUGCGCUGAGCUCUGCUGCUGUAAAUGCGUCAACAACAGAGAAUGGAAAUGGACAGGUAAAAAUUGAAGCCGAUCAAAUGUUUCGCGAUUUUGCCGCUGCUGUGGCCUCACAACAGCUCCAACAAAUAUCACACACGCAGCUACAACAUCAUCAAGCUGCUGCAGUGGCGGCCGCUAUGGCCGAUUCCUCUCAAAACUAUAAUGAACACUAUCGAGAAGGAAACAGCUUGAGUGGUAAUGGUGUAACUCACAAUGGUAAUGGCAGCGGUAUGGGCAUAUCGUCAUCAUCAUCUUCAAUGAAAUCACCAUUAUCAUCUCCUUUAGAUGGCGUCAACAGCAACAAUCAUAGUGGCACAAGUCACAACCCAAGGGGCGCGCAGCAGGCAGUAGCCCACUCAUCGUCCUCCGAUCAAAUGGCUACCAAUUCAUAUGGCGACACCAAUAACGAUGAACUAGAUUCAUCAACUGGCAAUAAUCAUCAUACGAAAAAGCCACGAGUGCAGCUAAAUUCAAAUGUCGCCGGUAUGUCACAUAACAGCAAUCAUGCUCAGCAACCAUACUCUGGUUCACAAAAUACUUCAAAUUCCACUAACGCACACUUCGCUGACGAUACCGAUGAUGAUUCAGAUGAUAAUAGUAGUAGUUUAUUACAACCACAAACAAUAUUAAAUGAUAAUCAGAAUAACCAUUACGAUAAUGCGGCUUCGACUUCCUCAGCGGCGGCCAUGCAACGCAGUUCUGGUUCCACAAACAGUGGCCAACAACAACAACAACAACAAGGCAUGUUUCCCGCAAAUGCCGACUUCCUCUUUCAGCUUUAUCAGCAACUGCCUCACCAACAGCAAAACCUAACUACACCUCAGCAACAACAGAAUUUCAAUAAGUUUCAAACGCCACAAAAUCCCACACCGGCGCGUAGUUCCGAGCAUCUAUUGGGUGAAUUGGUAACAACGGAACUAUUAAAAAUGUCAAAGGACCGUCGCAAAAAUGUUCAAAAACGUAUUCUGGAAAUACUAUUCUUUGAUGAUUGAACAAAAAUAAAUAUACACAAUAGCAUAAGCAAGUGUUAAGAAUAAAGGUGCUCCUCGUGGCAUCGAAUAAGCAGGUGGCAGCGCGGGAAGUGUAUUCAUUCCAGCUAGAUUAUAAGCCCAACUUCCAAGCGUAUAUAUAAAUUUUAGGUAUAUGGUUAAAGAAUAGUUUAAGCAUGUAGAACCCACCUAAAUUAUUUUUAAUAUUUUUAUGUUUUUUUUCGUGUUUUUAUCAUAAUUUAUAACCUUUAAAAUAAACUCUUCUCUUCUACUCUAGUCAGUCCGUAAAGUUUGCCUUAAAUGUCUUGCUUACAUUUUCAAACAAUUAUAUAGUCGCUAAUUUCAUUUCUGUACUUUAGAUCUUUAGACAUAUGCACGCAUGUAUUUUUAUAUAACUAUAAAAAAAAACUAUUUUAGUCAGUCAACAGUAAACCCAUUUAAAAUUAGUUAAGAUACAUACAUAAAUA